AUGGCAGACACAGGCGGCCAACAGACGGGUUUAAUCCUCUCCACGGCGUUCACCGCCCUCCUAACCGGCUACGCCUUUGGUGUCUGGACCAUCCGCGGAUACCUCAUCUCCCCCGACCUCGUCGAGGAGCGCCGACGAAACCUGCACGAUCCUGAGGAGAGCGAGGAGAGCGAUGUCGAUGAGGAUGAUUCUCUGCUGGAUCAUGCGCCUAACUGGGCUAAUGGCCCUGACGCAGACCGCAGACAGGGAUUGAAGGCGGAGGAGAAGAAGGAGGAGCCGGUUGUGAAGGAUAACGGCGAGGAGUGCAAGCUGGUUCUUGUGGUCCGAACUGAUCUGGGCAUGACCAAGGGCAAAAUCGCCGCGCAGUGCUCCCACGCUACCCUCGCAUGCUACAAGACCCUCCUCCGAGCCCCCGCCAACUCUCCCCAGCGCAAGAUCCUCUCCCGCUGGGAGCGCCUCGGCCAGGCCAAGAUCGCCGUGCAAGUCAAGAGCCAGGAUGAGAUACUCGAGCUCCGACGCAAGGCGCGCUCCCUUGGGCUCACGGCCGAAGUUAUCCAGGAUGCCGGACGAACACAGAUCGAGGCUGGUAGCAUGACGGUGUUGGGUGUUGGACCUGCCCCCAGAAGCCUUGUCGACCAGGUCACUGGAGGACUCAAGUUGCUGUGA